CAAUUGCCUGCACGGUCCUUACGCUACGUCUCCUCAGCCACACGAUCUUCCCACUUAUACACACCAAUCGCAACCAUGGGAUACGAUUUCACCGUCUACAAGGGGUCCAAGGACGGAUCCAUCACGCCAGCCACCACCCACCGCGAUGAUCUGCAGAAAGACCAGGUGCUGGUGCGGGUCACCCACUCGGGGGUCUGCGGCACCGACCUGCACUACCGGACGACGGAGAUGGCCUUGGGCCACGAGGGGGCGGGCGUGGUGGAGGAAGUCGGGCCGGAGGUCCAGGAGCUGAAGAAGGGCGACCGGGUCGGAUGGGGCUACGAGCACGACUGCUGCGGCCGGUGCGAGAACUGCCUGACGGGGUGGGAGACGAUGUGUCCCGAGCGGAAGAUGUACGCGGGGGCGGACCUGGACCAGGGCUCGUUCGCGACCCACGCUGUCUGGCGGGAGGCCUUCCUGUUCCGGAUCCCCGAGGGAUUCAGUAACGAGGACGCGGCGCCGCUGAUGUGCGGCGGCUCGACAGUUUUCAAUGCCCUGGUGGUGGCCGGGGUGAAGUCGACCUCCCGCGUCGGCAUCGUCGGCAUCGGCGGCCUGGGCCACCUCGCCAUCCAGUUCGCCGCCAAGAUGGGCUGCCAUGUGGUCGUCUUCUCUGGCAGUGACAGCAAGAAGGAGGAGGCGCUCAAGCUGGGCGCCAAGGAGUUCUACGCCACCAAGGGCGCCAAAGAGCUGAAGAUCGGCAAGCCCCUUAACCACUUGAUUGUCUCGACCAGCAGCCAGCCCGAUUGGAGCCUGUACACCUCCGUCCUCGCCCCCGGCGCCGUCAUCUCCCCGCUCUCCGUCGACAGCGCCGAGUUCCGCUUCCCCUACAUGACCCUGCUCACGAGCGGGCUGCGCGUGCAGGGCGGUAUCGUCGCGGCCAGACAGGUCCACCGCGAUAUGCUGGCCUUCGCGGCCCUGCAUGGCAUCAAGCCGAUCAAGAUGACCUUCCCCUUGACGCAAGAGGGGGUGCAGGAGGCGUUGAAGACGCUGAAGGACGGCAAGAUGAGAUACAGAGGUGUUCUCGUUGCGCAAUAGAUGUCGGGCUGUGAUGAUUAUGAGCGGAAGGGGUGAAGGACAAAUGUAUGCUAGAUGUAUAUACUAAUUUGCGAAGAAUAAUGACGAUUAUGAC